UUGUCUUGACCCAAUGGUCACCCCUACAUGCCCGUUAACUUAUGGGCCUCACAUUCUACAAACGGACUCAAGCCCAAUUUCUAAAUUGUUUCUACAAUUAUUACGACGAAUCUAAAAUGAAGCAUCCAAAACCCAUGAUUUCGCAAGCUUCCCCGCUCUUGGCUUCCAAUUCAACAAAUUGCAGUGCUUCCAUAUGCAUCGUCACUCGUCAGGUAUUUCUUUUUCUACUGUGCUUUUUAUGGAGUUGUAGGGAAUUUGCAGAAUCGAUCAGAUUCUAGUAGAAUUGUUUCCCAGAAUUCAGACCUUGUUUCAAACCUCCUCCACAGUCAGUCUUCCCUAUCUUGUGCUGCCUGUGCGGCUGUGACUCUGUUGCGGACUCGUAGGAGUCGCAGCGACCACGUCUGACGGCUCCACACCUCCGCGGUUCGCAGGAGUUGCAGCGACAAUCAGUCUUCCCUGUCCUGUGCGGCAACAUGCCUCCGCCUCCGCUCCUAGCCUAAGUCUCAGCAUCCGAAGUAGUUCUCCUACAGAUUCCGAUGAAUUCUUAGGGGAUUGAAAUGGUGGGUGAAGAGAAAGAAAGCAAUGGAUUUGGUGGUAGCAACUGUAUAAGACUUAUGGUAAACAAUAGUCAGGCAAUGAAGUCUGCCAGUGCUCCUGGCAUUGAAAUUGCAAAUGCUAGUGGGAGAUCUGCAGACGCUUCUGGAAAUUGUUUAAGAACCUACAAGAGACGAAAGGGAUUAAAAGCAGAAGGAAAGGUUUCAGAGGAUUCAGCUGAUCAAGUUAGUCAUAAGCCAGUGGACAGGAAUUCUCAUUCACAAACUAAUGUUGCUCAGGGGGGAUCAAAUGACCAUUUGAAUGAGCCCAUUAAUCUCUCUAAAAUCAGAUUGAGGAAUGUUGUUCUAGAGCAGAUUUACCUAUCAUUGGAGAGUGAAAGUGGUUUGAAAAAAUGCAUAAGAGAGGCUUUAGUUUCACAUCCUGACACUGAAUGUGCAACUUCAGUCAAGGAAUCCGUUAAUUGCUGCAAUGAUGACACAAAGUGCAAUCUUCCAUCAAACUCGAUGGCUUAUGAUGUCUUGGCUAAAGGGAAUGUGGACGCGCCAUCCACUGGAUUAGUAAAGGGAACAGAUCAUUGCACAACUAGUCAGCUCUGCCAGCGCUGGUUUUCAGAUAUAAUCUUAUCCGAAGAUUUUUCUCAAUUAUGCCACAUGAUUUUUGAGAACUUUGAAGGAACAAAGGCUGAUAAGUUUCUCCAUAUUGGCACUAUGCAUUCAAAGAUGAAAGAUGGACUGUAUGAAGAUUCUCCCAUGUCAUUUUACUCUGAUAUUCAAGAGAUGUGGUCAAAGCUUCACAAGGUUGGAAGUGAAUUACUAGCUAUUUCAAGGAGUCUUUCAAACAAGUCUACCUUUUGUUUCCGGUCUCAGUUUGUUACAGAGGAACCUGGCACGAAUUGCCAAGCAGACAGUCUGAAGCCAAGGACCUGCAAGCAAUGUGGAGAGACUGCACAUGGAACGGAUUCCUUAGUUUGUGAUACAUGCGAGCAGAUAUACCAUGUUUCCUGCAUCCACCCUGCUGUUAAAGAAAUCCCAUAUGCAAAGAACUGGUAUUGUGCCAAGUGUACUAAAGAGGAUAUUGAACACGCCAACUGUGUAGUUUGUGAAAGACUCGAUGCCUCUAAAGAAGAACCCCAUGAUGACGAGCUUACGAAAUUAGAAAAGCAGAUUGAGAUGGAGAGCUCAAAUGGCUUAAUGGAUGACGACAAUGACAAUGAACAUGUCCAAUAUUUUGACGAAGAGCCCAUAUGCAAUGUCUGUAAAACAGAGGCAAAGUAUGGUGGUGAGAGCUUAAAAAUGUGUAGUCACAAAUUCUGCCCUCACAAAUUUUACCAUGAGAGAUGCCUGAGUUGGGAGGAGUUGUGUUGUCAUGGUCCCAUAUGGUAUUGUCCGUCUUGUCUUUGCAGAAGAUGUCGCAAAGAUUGUGAUGACACUGAAAUUGUUCUGUGUGAUGGAUGUGACCAUGCAUACCAUAUAUACUGCAUGAGACCCCCAAAGUCUUCGGUUCCAACGGGGAAAUGGUUCUGUGAAAAAUGUGAAGCAGGUAUACAGCGCAUAUCCAAGGUGAAAAGGUCAUAUGAGAAAAUUGCAAAGAGAUUGAAAGAGAGAGAUCAGGUGUGUGGAGUGUUACACAAGGAAAAAGGUAACAGUGAGGCUUUAUAUAAGUCUGGCGGUGGUGGUGUAGACAUGCUACUCAAUGCUGCUAAAACUCUUAACUAUGAGGAGAAUUUGGCUGUCACCGGGUCAGAAGCCAGUUAGUUUAGGCUAAACAAAGAAUCUGGUGUUUUUGGAACUUUGUAAACUGGGCACAUUGUGCUUUUUUUGUAUUAGGGGGUAUAUAUGCAUACAAGGGAAAUCAGACCUGUACUACUACUACUAGCUCAAGUUUCAACUUGUAGCCUUUAUUUUUUUGUACCAUGCAAAUUGAUUGUAUAAUUGACCCGUUGACCGACUGACUGAGCCAGGCUCUAGCAAACCAUGCCUGAAUUGGUUCAGGUUUCAUGUUCUGUAUUCUUUUUGGUAAUGAAAUAACUGAUGCUUGUGAAUUGUGAUUUUGC